CCGGAUCGCUCGCGGCCCGCAGCCGCCGCGGUGCUCGUGCUGCUGUGCUGGGUGCUCAGAGUCCCGGCGCUGCUCUACAACUUACGGUCCAGCCGCCUGGCCGGGAGGCACAAGAGCGACGUCAGUUUCCCAGGUGGCAAGUGUGACCCGGCUGACCAGGAUGUGGUGCACACGGCCCUGAGGGAGACCCGGGAGGAGCUGGGCCUGGCUGUGCCCCAGGACCAUGUGUGGGGUGUCCUGCAGCCCGUAUAUGACCAGGCAAAGAACACUGUGGUGCCGGUGCUCGCUGGAGUGGGCCCGCUGGAUCCCCAGAGCCUCCAGCCCAACCCCGAGGAGGUGGAGGAAGUGUUUGCACUGCCCCUGGCCCACCUGCUGCACGUGCAGAACCAAGGCUACACCCACUUCUGCAAGGGUGGCCACUUCCACUACACAAUGCCUGUCUUCCUGCACGGGCCACACCGAGUCUGGGGCCUCACCGCGAUCAUUACCGAGUUCACCCUGCAGGUCUUGGUACCCGGCGCCUACCAGCCCCGCCUGGAUCCCUGGGGCGCGGAGGCUCCGGGGCUGAAGACUGGCCCCAGGCAGCCCCUGCCCUCACCCUGCCAGGCCAGCGCCACCUCAGGACUGAAUAAAGAGCCUUUACCAACUCUUGGGCAACUGCAUGUUCUGCGCUAGGGCCCUGACCUCGAGCAGACCCCAUGGGACAGCUGGUCUCCUGGCUGGGGCACCCCUGUCCAAGCACACUGUCACCCACAGCAGUGGGCACUUACCCUGCACCAGGUACUCGGCAUCAUUCCACCCUCACCUCAGCCCUGUGAGUGGGGCCAGCACUGUCCCUGGCUGGUGAGCUGGGCUCCGAGAGGACAGACAGCUGGACCGAGCUGGGAUUUGAACCGGGCCCUCUCUGACUAGAGCCCAGACCCUUAGCCACUGUAGGUUCCUUCCUCCGUGCCUGGCUGACCACGUGCUGGGCCGCAGGAAUCUGGAGAGGAGCCCUGCACGUGACUA